UCCCCGUCGUAAAGGUAAAAGAGAGCUCCGUCGCGAGUCCGGCGUCGGAGAAGGCGGUUUCUGCUAAAGCCGUGGUGACGGUGAAACGAGCCACCGGGGGGAUAUAUUUGGAACGAGGCCUUGAUGACAUUGCCGAUCUUUUGGGAAAAUCACUUCUUCUCCAGCUCGUCAGUGCUGAAAUCGAUUCCGAUACGGGACUGGAGAAGGGAAGAAUAAAAAAAUAUGCUCAUAAAGAGAGAGACGACAAGCAAAAGGCUGGUGAGGUUAAAUACGAGACAGAUUUUACAAUUCCACCAGAUUUUGGUGCAAUUGGAGCUAUUCUCGUUGAGAAUGAGCAUCACAGAGAGAUAUAUCUCAAGGACAUUGUCAUCGAUGGCCUUCCCACUGGCCCUGUACACUUCGUCUGCAAUUCUUGGAUCAGUUCUAAAUCCGAGAUCGACAGUAACAGAGUCUUCUUCACCACUAAGUCAUACUUGCCAUCGGAGACGCCCGAGGGGCUAAAAAGGUUUCGAGAAGACGACCUCAAGACUAAGCAAGGAAAUGGCCAUGGAAAGCGUGAGAACCAUGAGAGGAUAUAUGAUUACGAUGUCUACAAUGAUCUCGGCGAUCCCGACAAAAGCGACGAGCUGAAAAGACCAGUGCUUGGGGGUAAACAAUUCCCAUAUCCUCGGCGAUGUAGAACUGGACGUGGACGUACUCAGCAAGAUCCUCAAUCAGAAGUAAGAAGCUCAGACAUUUAUGUACCUCGGGAUGAAGCCUUCUCAUUCAUAAAAGAGGCAACGUUCAAUGCAAGGACAUUUAACUCAGUGCUACAUGGGCUUUUACCAGCUUUGGAGUCGGUAGCCACAGAUAGUGAGGCAAGUUUCCCACAUUUCCCUGCAAUCGACGAUAUUUAUGAUAACGGAGUUCCAUUGCCGCCUUCUCAAGGCGGUUGGAAGCUUGCUACUGUUCUUCCAAGGAUGAUCGACACUGCUAUUGACAAGGCUGAGGAUAUCUUGCGUUUCCAUCCUCCUGAACCAUUUGAAAAGGACAAGUUCUUUUGGUAUAGAGAUGAGGAAUUUGCUAGACAGACCCUUGCAGGUCUCAAUCCCUACAGCAUAAAGCUUGUCACGGAAUGGCCAUUGAAGAGUAAACUUGACCCUGCCAUUUAUGGUCCUCCUGAAUCAGCAAUCACUGAUAAAAUAAUUGAGCAACAAAUCAAAGGAUUCAUGACUAUCGAUGAAGCAUUGAAACAGAAGAAGCUAUUUAUACUAGAUUAUCACGAUCUCUUCCUCCCAUAUGUGGCAAAGGUACGACAACUUAAAGGCACGACAUUGUAUGGUUCAAGGACGUUGUUUUUCUUACACGAAGAUGACACUCUAAGGCCGCUGGCUAUCGAGCUCACUAGGCCACCCAUCGACGACAAACCACAAUGGAAAGGCGUUUUUACACCCUUUUGGGAUGCCACUAGAAUUUGGCUUUGGAGGAUUGCCAAAGCUCAUGUUCUUGCCCAUGACUCUGGUUAUCAUCAACUCGUUAGCCACUGGCUUAGAACUCAUUGUUGUGUGGAACCAUACAUUAUCGCAUCAAACAGACAGUUGAGCGAAAUGCAUCCAAUCUAUAGACUUUUGCAUCCCCAUUUUCGAUACACCAUGGAGAUCAAUGCACUUGCUCGCCAAUCUCUAAUCAAUGCAGAUGGAGUCAUUGAGUCCUGCUUUUCACCUGGAAAAUAUUCCAUUGAAUUUAGUUCUGUGGCUUACAAAGAACAGUGGCAAUUCAACUUAGAAGCAUUGCCUGCUGACUUAAUUAACAGGGGAUUGGCUGUUGAGGAUCCAAAUGCACCUCACGGUCUGAAGCUGGCUAUUGAAGACUAUCCUUUCGCCAACGAUGGAUUAGUCCUUUGGGAUGCCAUUAAAGAAUGGGCGACAGAGUACGUCAACUUCUACUAUCCAGAUCCAAGCCUUGUGAAGUCAGAUAAAGAACUUCAAGCAUGGUGGACCGAGAUUCGAACUGAAGGCCAUGCAGACAAGAAGGAUGAACCAUGGUGGCCGGUUCUCGACACCCCCCAAGACCUUAUUAACAUUGUCACCACCAUCAUGUGGGUAACUUCUGGCCACCAUGCAGCGGUCAACUUCGGACAAUACUCUUAUGCAGGAUAUUUUCCAAAUCGACCCAGCAUUGCAAGAAUCAAUGUGCCCACUGAAGAUCUCAACGCAGAAAAAUGGAAGAAGUUUAUUGAUAGGCCGGAAGAUGUGCUUUUAGACACCUUUCCUUCACAAUUUCAAGCCACAAAAGUUACAGCCGUUCUAAAUGUAUUGUCAAGUCAUUCUCCAGAUGAAGAAUAUUUGGGAAAAGAAAUCGAACCGGCGUGGGAACAUGAGCCUUUUAUAAAGGGAGCAUUUGAAAAGUUCAGUGGGAAAUUGAAAGAAUUGGAAGGGAUAAUCGACGAAAGGAAUGCCGAUUAUAAAUUGCAGAACAGACGUGGAGCUGGGGUUGUGCCUUAUCAACUUUUGAAGCCAGAAUCAGGACCCGGAGUAACAGGAAAAGGAGUCCCUUACAGUAUUUCUAUUUAAAACCCAUGGAAUAUCAACAUGCUUGAAAUAAAGAGGAGAUCCUAAACAGAGUUGCGGAAAUGUUAAAUGUCCCCAAACCACUUGAUUAGUAUAUACUUAAUAAUCUUAGCAAUUUGGAAGAUCUCAUUGGUACUUGAAUGGAUUGACCAACAUAUGCGAUUGCUACCCUACAAA